CGUCAUUUUGCGUCACCUGCUUCCCCCAACUGCGCAGGCGCGGAUGGUCGCAAUUUUCUUCCCCAAAACCUCCAGCGGGCCGGAACCAGAAUUUCGGGUAACUAACUACAAAUAAUCCAUCAUCAUAAAUAUUGGAUUUGUUUUGCGCUUUGCAAGAGAUGGGUCAGUUUAAUCUGAAUUGGACUUAAAGUCACAAUAAUCAAACAAUUCACUCAAAUAUUUGUUGGGAAUAAAUGGAAAAGUAUGAAAAGCUUGCAAAAAUUGGUGAAGGAUCUUACGGAGUAUUGUUCAAAAGCAGAAACAAGGAUACAGGACAAGUUGUCGCCAUCAAGAUAUUUGUGGAGUCAGAAGAUGAUCCCUUGAUAAAGAAGAUAGCUAUGAGAGAAAUCCGCAUGUUAAAGCAAUUAAAACAUGAUAACUUAGUGAAUCUUCUUGAAGUGUUCAGGAGAAAACGUAAAUUGCAUCUGGUGCUUGAGUACUAUGAUCACACUGUGUUAAAUGAGCUGGAGAGGUAUCCCAGAGGGUUACCAGAAGCAAUGGUUAAAAACAUCAUGUGGCAAAUGCUUCAAGCUGUUAGCUUUUGCCACAAACACAAUUGUAUUCAUCGAGAUGUCAAGCCAGCAAACAUUCUGAUUACUAAACAAGGGAUUAUCAAGCUGUGUGAUUUUGGAUUUACCAGGAUGCUAAUAGAUCGCUGGGAUGAUUACGCUGACCAUGUAGCGACCCGGUGGUAUCGAGCACCUGAACUACUUGUGGGAGAAAGCCAGUAUGGGGCAGCAGUGGACAUCUGGGCUCUUGGUGCUGUCUUUGCCGAGCUUGUGUCUGGGCAGGCAUUGUGGCCCGGGAAAUCAGACCUGGACCAAAUCUACUUUAUAAUAAGGACCCUGGGUAAACUGAUCCCAAAACACGAGCAGGUAUUCCAGAGCAAUCAACGUUUCCUGGGUGUAUGUAUACCUGAGGCAGAUCCUGAGGACUUGGAACCUUUAGAAGAGAAGUUUCCAAACUUAAACCCUCAGGCCCUGCUUUUCAUGAAGAAUUGUUUGGAAAUUGAUCCGGCGGUCAGAUGUAACUGUGAAGAGUUGAUUGAAAACCCCUAUUUUGAUAUAUAUCGAGACGAAAAUGAGAAAUCCAAACAGUGGUUUGAUGGCUGGAAUCGAAAAAGGCAGCAGACCUUUUCUCCCGCAGUCAAACUGCUGCAUCAAAGCGAUUGAGGCUCCCGAUGUUGAAGCCCCCCGCCGGGCGAUGGAAGAUCCCGCGGCCGAUUUUAAGCCACACCGGGCGAUGAAAGGCCCCGCGAGCGUGCCGAUUCAAGCCUUACGAUUUGCUGGAUCUCCCGAAAAUCGGUCACCGAUAGGGGCCUGCGAGCUCCCUAUGUCACAGUCCACAGGGCCCGCACCGAAGCCUCCGAAGUCGGGUCGCAGCCGCAGCGCUACCACAGCCUCCAAAGUCAGCCAACUGCGCGAUGGUAAGUCCACAGGCUCUGCGUCCAGAGCCCUCAAGGUCGAUUCCACUUGCAGGAUGCCAGCUCCUCGAUGUUAGGCCACAGCGCGAAUACGAAUACGAUGUUAGGCCACAUACGACUCGUAAAAGGUUGCAUCUCCGUUGAAGAACGAGUUGAAAACGUUCCCCCACCCUCCCCCACAUAAUACACAACUAAAAAUAGAUUAUAAUAUACAUCUAACUUUAACAAUAAGACAGAAGAAAAAAAAGACAGACGGACUGCAGGCGAGUCAACAUUGCCAAGGCAAAAGAGACAAAGGAGCCAUGGCAAAAUUGCAUGAUGAAACAUUUUAAAUAAACAUGAAUGGAAUUUGAGUUUGUUAUUAUCUUAAAAUUACAAAGUGUGCUUUUACUUCUGUGUUUGUGAUGGUAUUUUCCAGGUAAGAAAGUAAGUGUUGCGUAUGUGACGAGUGUAUGCCGGAGGCUUGCUUGUCCAGAACGCUUGAGAGACUCCGUGGGUCACACACUUUGACCUUUUGACCUAUCAUGAAAUCACUCUAUACGAUACAAUAGAACUUUAUUCAUCCCCGGAGGAAAAUUGGUCUGGAAUUUGUUUACGUGCAAGGUCUUAUUUUAAUUCAACCUCCUAGAAUUCUUGCAAUCUCUCCAAAUCACCAUGUGAUGAAGUUGGAAAUUAUCCCCAUGACUGCUGACCGGGAUUCUGGGGAGUAAUCUGGGCGAAAGGAAUUUAUUUUGUAACCAGAGGAUGUCAGAUCUAGGUGUGCCCUUUAAAUUCGAAGAGAAUAUCCCCAUGGGGCGGUUGUAAAGAUCUAAGGUUGAGUUGGUUCAAACGCUCUACAGCCUGAACUUUAGUAUUAUUCCAUGAAUAAUGAAUUAUGAUUUUAACCACUCCCCUGACCUCUCCUAUACUUUAAAGAUUGGAUGUAACCAAGGCAUUAAAAUCGAGGACGACAGCAGACAUGAUGUGCACUUCUGCGAUAUUUAUUAGUUUGUUCUAUUAUUUUUUU